AUGCAGUUGUAUGGAUUUGUUAUUCUCUCAAUUCUAGUGUUGGUUAUCGAAGGAAACUUCCGAGAAAAUAAUAAUGAUUUAAAAAGAAAAUGGGAAGCUGCUCGUCGAAUUCUAAAUAAUAACGGUGAAUCAAAUGAACAAUCUCAAUGGAAAAAUCGAGAUUUAGUACAACCUGCAGGAAGUUCUACUGGAGUAACUGGCUCAGAUCAAUCUAAAGCAUCCUUAGUGCAAGAACCAGUUCGUAUUGCAGUUUUCAAUGAUGGUGAUUAUCAUGCACAUGUAAAGCUUAAUUAUAUACUCAAUGAACGACAAGAUGAACAAGAACUUGAAGUUUCUAUUCAUAAAGGAUUUGAACGAGAUUUGAUUCUUCCUCGUGCAGCAAGUCAUAUUCGUAUACGUGUUAUUGUAAUCGGUAUUGUAAAUGAUCAACUUCUAAUCGAUCGACAAUUAACCAAUUUUGACGGUAUAAAUGAAAUAUGUUAUUUACUCGCAGGUGAUCGUGUACGUCCAGUUUAUGGUUUAUGUGCUGGUCCUUAUGCAGAAUAUUAUAAAUUAUGGACAGGUAGAAAUUAA